AAAAACGUUUUGCAAUAGUCAUUUACCCGAAGAGUGAUUAAUGCGUCUUCAUUUGAAGCACAACGACCGGGCGCCUUGGACGCUCGAGACUGUUUCAUUAUAAUUAAUGUCUCCGGUUCCUCGUGGACCCGGAGGUCGCGAAUGGCUCCGUCCCGCGCCCACUGAUCUCUGAAGAUCUGACACGAGAGGGAUCUCGCAGCCUAUUGCAAUCUGACAAGAUCCGUAAUACUUGGGUGAUGAAUCGUUCCAAACUUUUUUGGCGAUGCUGGCAGCUCGGGGGUGUGCGCAUGUGCGAAGGUGUCUAAACUGACAAUGCUGGAGAGAUAGUGUGGAUUGAGAAUCACAGAGAAAAAGGACAGAGGAAAAAAGAAAAAGGAGGAAAGAUUCGAGAAAAAAUCCGACAAACCUACGCCAAAAGACGGGUAUCAUGAGGUCCAAAGGCAGGGCAAGGAAACUGGCCACUGGAGAUGGAGAAGACUUUUCCCUUUUCUCCUCUGAUGACCUGGAGGAAGUUCGGGGAGUGUCAGAUGCGGAUCAAGCCCCACUCGCCGCUGCUAACAACCUUCCUUCCCCCGGCCUAUCAGGCGAGGCUGUCUCCCCGAUUGCCCCCUCGCCCUUCCACCCAUCAUUCCACACUUCCAUGUACCUGGCAGAGGAGGGGCUUGAAUCGGUCCCCCCAGACUUUGAAGUCCGAGAGUCAGGCGUUUCCAGAGGAAACCUGGGCGUCUGGAGCCGAAGGCAUCUGGAAGCGGGAGAGCGUCUCGGACCCUACGGGGUAACAUCAAGGAACAAGCCAGAAAGUGCUAGCCAGGCAUGGGAGGGCGAGCAGACAGGUUUGGAUGGGCGCUUAUUUGAUAGCAGGAGCUGGCUAAGGCACGUCCAGGUCUCUCCGUCCACCCACCAACACAACCUCACAACCUGCCAGAUACAUGAGCAGAUCUUUUAUCGAGUGGUUUGUGAGGUUCAGCCCGGCGAGGAACUCCUGCUGUUCAUGAAGGCUGAAGACAUUUCAUGCGAGGCGAUGGCUCCAGACAUACACGAGGAGCGUCAGUAUCGUUGCGAGGACUGCGAUCUUAACUUUGAAUCGGGUUCGGAGCUGUUGGACCAUCAGAAACACGCGUGCGGGACCCCGCCUGCCUCCGGCUUCAAGCUGUCUCAGCAGGGUUUGCCCGGACCUGGGGCUCCUGAUCACGACCUGCAUCUACACCCCCUGAACUUACCCCGCUCCCCUCAGGAGUGUAAGGAGUGUGAACAGAUCUUUCCUGAUGCCCAGAGUCUGGACUCUCACUCGCUCUCUCACACCGACGAGAGGGAAUACAAGUGCGAUCAAUGCCCGAAGGCCUUCAACUGGAAAUCAAACCUGAUUCGCCACCAGAUGUCACACGACAGCGGCAAACACUACGAAUGUGAAAACUGCUCAAAGCAGGUGUUCACAGACCCCAGCAACUUACAGAGGCACAUCCGCUCUCAGCACGUGGGGGCACGAGCUCACGCCUGCCCCGACUGCGGCAAGACUUUCGCCACCUCCUCGGGCCUUAAACAACAUAAACACAUCCACUCCUCGGUCAAGCCCUUCAUAUGUAAGUCACUCAGACCCUUCAUAUGUGAGGUCUGCCACAAAUCUUACACGCAGUUCUCCAAUCUGUGCCGUCACAAGCGCAUGCACGCGGACUGUCGCACUCAGAUCAAGUGUAAAGACUGCGGACAGAUGUUUAGCACCACAUCCUCCCUGAACAAACAUCGGCGCUUCUGCGAGGGUAAAAACCAUUUCGCCGCUGCGGCAGGAGGGUUGUUUGGCCAAGGCAUGACCCUCCCUGGUGCCCCUGGCCUGGAUAAGUCUACAUUGGCUGGAAUGAGCCAUGGGAGCCCUGGUUUAGCAGACUAUUUUGGGACGAACCGGCAUCAUGGUGGGUUGACGUUCCCAGCAGCCCCUCCGGCAUUCCCAUUUAGUUUUCCGGGACUUUUCCCAUCAGGACUUUACCACCGGCCCCCACUUAUCCCAUCCACGUCGCCAAUCAAUGGCCCUCAAAGCGCUGAACUUCGGAAGAGUCCACUGCUGUCCUCACCCAUUCCUGGGUCACAUGACCUCUUGAAGAGUUUCCGCAAGGACUCGUUCAACGGAGACGGGGAGGGAAUUGAGCGGCCGAGAGAAGGCUCCAUCUCCAAGCCGAGGCAGAGCGGGAAAAUGAGCGAGCAAUCCGAGAGUAGCGAUUUGGAUGAUGUCAGCACUCCAAGCGGGAGUGAGCUGGAAAGCACUUCGGGUUCAGAGCUAGACAGCGAAGCAGAGAGCGACCGGGAGAGAGUGCGAGUGCGGGAAAAUGGGAAAGGGCCAAAAAGGAAGUCGAGUGGGUUCAGCGAUGCCCAGAGUCCAACUCUCAUCAACUCCAGUGGUAGUAACAACACCGGUAAUGGAAAAGACUUUCCUGCAUCAGGGCUCAACCAGCCAUCUCUGGACGAGCACACAGCUGUUUCUGGUGCUGUUAAUGACUCAAUAAAAGCCAUUGCCUCCAUCGCUGAGAAAUAUUUUGGCUCUACCGGACUCGCAGGCCUGCAAGACAAAAAAGUCGGGGCACUGCCAUAUCCCUCCAUGUUUCCUUUAUCUUUCUUUCCUGCCUUCUCUCCUUCAGUCUAUCCAUUCCCUGAGAGAGAGCAACUUCGACCUCCAGGCCACAAGGUGGAGCCAGAAAGCCCUCCAGUUGAAAGUAAAAAACUCCAGAAAAGUGUCGAAUCGCCUUUUGAUCUCACCACUAGGCGGAAAGAGGAACCUCUCGCGGCCACCUGUGCUCCGUUGAAAUCCGAAGCCUCACAUGUACAAUCAACCAAUCCGGAUCAGCCGCUUGACCUGAGUCUUGGCGGACGAAGCCGAGGCAAGAGCAAAAGAGGGGAGGAGAUACAAAAGCCUCCUUCCUUUGCUGAUAAGAGGGCAGAGCCGGAGCCACCCAAGACCGACCCCUCCCUUCAGCACGCAAGACCCACCCCUUUCUUCAUGGACCCCAUAUACCGCAGGGUUGAGAAGAGAAAAAUGAACGAUCCAUUCGAAGUCCUAAAGGACAAAUACAUGCGACCAGCUCCGGGAUUUCUCUUCCACCCACAGUUUCGCAUGCCUGAUCACAGAACAUGGAUGUCAGCGAUCGAAAACAUGGCUGAGAAGCUGGAGUCUUUUGGCUCUUUAAAGCCAGACGGCGGUGACAUCAUGCGUUCUGUCCCCUCGAUGUUCGACUUCCGGGCUCCACCUGCCACUCUUCCUGAAACACUGUUACGCAAGGGCAAAGAGCGCUACACCUGCAGAUACUGUGGCAAGAUAUUCCCACGCUCAGCCAACCUUACAAGACAUCUACGGACACACACAGGAGAGCAGCCUUACAGAUGUAAAUACUGUGAUCGUUCAUUUAGUAUUUCAUCGAAUCUCCAGCGUCACAUCCGUAACAUCCACAACAAAGAGAAACCUUUCAAAUGCCACCUCUGCGACCGCUGCUUCGGUCAACAGACCAACCUUGACCGCCACCUCAAAAAACACGAGAACGGUAAUUUAUCAGGCACAGCGAUGUCGUCGCCCCGGUCAGAGCUGGACAGCAGUAGCGCCAUUUUGGAGGAUAAAGAGGAUUCGUAUUUUAACGAAAUACGAAACUUCAUCAGUAACACGGCACGGACGGCGACGUCUCCGUCACAUUCGGAGGAAGGACUGAAUGGUAGUCAUUUUGACGAGGACAAAGCCCUGCCUGGACCUGGCUCACGUGAAAUGGAUGAGGAGGAAGGGGAGGAGCUCGGAGGUGAGGAAGAGGAAGGAGAGCGUCACGACGGGCCUAGAAAACCCAGUGAUGAAGGUGUGCCUAAUGACAUCAUAAACGACGACAUGGAUUUCGAAGGACCGGAUGAUCUGGAAUUAAAUAGCAAAUCGUCACCGCGAAGAUUUAAUGACGAUGAGGAAGAUGAAGAUCACAGCAGUUUUUCCACCAUGGACCACAUCCGCCACUUUAGUAUGGAGGACGGUGAUCUCAGCGAUGGGGAUGUCGGCGGCUUUGGCCCCGCCCACCUUCAAGAAGGGAUCAAGCAGCCCCUCUACAGAAAGUCUAAAUCACAGGCAUAUGCCAUGAUGCUGUCUUUAGCCGAUAAGGAUCCGCUCCACUCGUCUACCCAUAAUGCCCCGAUGUGGCACAGCUUGGCCCGCUCAGCAGAACCCAGCGCUAUUCAGUCUCUUAGUCACGUAUGACACCCUCACCUUAACAACAGUGUGUUAAACUAUCGCUGGAGUCCAUUGUCCACACAUGUACAGUACACACACUCGCAAGUGCCCAAAUUGUCAUACACUUAUACUGUACACACCCAGUCUGAACACUAUCCCAUAUACAUGAACAAACAUUGAUUGAUUGAUUGAUUGAUUGAUUGAUUGAUUAUAGUUAGUAGCAAUGACAAUAGUGUCUGUAAUUUUGAUGGUGAUGAUGAAGACGAUGAUGACAAUAGUAGUAAUGCAUAAUAAUAAUAAUAAUUGUAUUUAUUCUGUCAAGUUUCAAUAUUUUGCACAGCUGUGGCAGCUGGUGAACAGUUUUUAAAAUUGCUGUUGGUGUCAUGUUUGUGAGUUUCGUGCGCUGAAACAGGUGGUUACUCAGAGUAACACGUGAGAGUCUUCCGCAAGACAAAUGUGAUCGCUGUCUGUAUGGGCACAAGAGCCUACCGGCAUGUAAAUAUAUUUACGAUUAACACGAAUACAGAAAGGAAACACAAAAACGUGUGUUUUUAAAGCAUUUCACAGGUUUCUUGUACAGAAACGUACAAGUUUACAAAUUUACGAAAAGGGACGAAAUGGGGUUGGGGGUUCAGCGAUUUUCUUUUAGACGUUUUCGAAAUGAAACAACUACACGCUAAAGGUUUGACCUUUAGACCUCUCACAGACGCUGCUUUUAAAUAAAAGGUGUUAGGAGCGAGACGGUGACUAUUUACUGUCCAAUGAAAGCACUGCAUUCAACCCACUUACCCACCGUUUUGUUUUGUGUGACGAUAGACGCUCUCUUAUCUUUAGUUAGUUAUUUUAAUGGUGGAAAACAUGGUUGUUAAACACGCCUUGUGUAUUUCUAAACUGAGAAAAUUAAACUAGUUUUGAAAAAUAAACUAGUGCUGUAGAACUCGCGAAGGGCAUUCUGUCGUUUUCCACGGUUAACCCCGUCCGUUAGUUGGCGAACGAUACCACUAAAUAACCUGAAUGCUAGUUUAUAGCUACACCCUCCUCUUGUGUCUUUCAUUUAUAGACAAUCAUGCGUUUCUUAUGUUUUAUCCCCUGUCAUUUGUUGCUUCGUUCUGUCCAUUUUUUUUUCUUGGUUGGUGUCGUCGAUGUAUUUGCUGUGUAUCUUGAAAGUUGUAUUUAUUUCUCUGCAAACUGUAGUUUGUUUACUGAAUAGCACUGCUCUCGAGCGCCCCCUUGCGGUGAAAACAAGAAUUUCACACUGAAAUUUUGGGGGAAGAGACUCCAUAUGGUCUACUGGGGUUUGUAGAAAAUGUCUGAAUGCCAGAUAGUAUUAAAUGUACCAUCACAGCUUCUACUUCUAAUAAAACUGGUAAAUGAUAUAGAUAUUACUUAGGUUUUUUGUAUGACAAUUUAUUGAUUCAACUGUAAAAUAUCUUUAAAAAAAAAUAAGAUAAAUAGAGGAAAGAAUAAAAACAGCUGAUAUUAUUUCUUCAUAAAACGCAUGAUUGGUCCAAGCUGUUACUGACAUUUUCUAUGGUUGUCUGCAAGCUUGUGUGACGUUUGGGUUCAUGUUGAUCACUUGUGCCAAACCUAUGAGAAAUGCCAGAUUUUGUUUAUCCUCACGAGGUGAAGGACCAGAUCUUUCCUAUUUCACUUUUUAUUUUUGUUUUGUCAAUGUUUAUAAUCCCAUUUUUAAAGUAAUCAGUGAGUUGAGGUACUUCUGUUUUAAUGCUUUCUACAAUGUAACUGUAUUGCAUUAUAAUUCAAUACUGUGGGAGGAGUUAGUGAGAAAUAAAGAACUCCUAUGGGCGGACUGUGCACUCUCCAACCGUCUCUGUCUCUGUUUCUUAAUCGAUUUUCACAUGCCUGAUCACUUUUAUUUAUUACAAUAUAAAUCAUUCUUAAAGAAGGUUUUAGAAAGUCAUGAACAUCAAAGAAAACAAAGCCUUCUUUAUUGUGUUGUUUAUUGGAUGAUUAGGAUUUUUGCAUUGUCACAUUUGAAUGAAUUGCAUACUAUCAAAUAUAAAUAUUAUUUUCUUUAUUACAGUAAUAAAA